GGCUGGCUGGCCGCGGCUGUCACUCCGGGGCGUUUUCCCCGGCCGGCUCUCAACUGGGGCGGAGGAAGAGGCGGCCUGGGCCUGCCGAGCCGUUGCAGUCUCCGCGGCUGCUAUGCCCAGGGUGCGCGGCGCCCUCCGCAGCUCCGCGCAGCGCUAGAGGCGGCCGAGCGCUCGCCGACGCCGCCCGGAUCCCCGGCGCCUCCGCUCUCCCGCUCCCGCAGCUCCCGCGACUCCCGCGGCUCCUCCGGCGUCGCCUGCGAGGCCAGGCAGAGGCAAGAUGAAGAUGACGGUGGAUUUCGAGGAGUGUCUGAAGGACUCGCCCCGCUUCAGGGCUGCCUUGGAAGAAGUAGAGGGAGACGUGGCAGAGCUGGAACUAAAACUCGAUAAGCUCGUGAAGCUUUGUAUCGCAAUGAUUGAUACCGGCAAAGCCUUUUGUGUUGCAAAUAAACAGUUCAUGAAUGGGAUCCGAGACCUGGCACAGUAUUCUAGUAACGACGCUGUAGUUGAGACAAGUUUGACCAAGUUUUCUGACAGUCUUCAAGAAAUGAUAAAUUUUCACACAAUCCUGUUCGACCAAACGCAGAGAUCAAUUAAGGCACAGCUUCAGAACUUCGUUAAAGAAGAUCUUAGAAAAUUCAAAGAUGCCAAGAAACAAUUUGAAAAAGUCAGCGAAGAAAAGGAAAACGCACUGGUGAAAAACGCCCAAGUUCAAAGGAACAAGCAGCACGAAGUGGAAGAGGCCACAAACAUCCUCACGGCCACGAGGAAGUGCUUCCGGCACAUAGCCCUGGACUACGUCCUUCAGAUUAAUGUGCUUCAAUCAAAGAGGAGAUCAGAAAUCCUGAAAUCAAUGCUGUCCUUCAUGUACGCACAUCUGGCCUUCUUCCACCAAGGGUAUGACCUGUUCAGUGAACUUGGGCCCUACAUGAAAGACCUUGGAGCACAGUUGGAUCGACUGGUUGUGGACGCAGCAAAGGAGAAAAGAGAGAUGGAGCAGAAGCAUUCUACUAUCCAGCAGAAGGCUGCAUUACAGGACUUCUCCAGUGAUGAUUCCAAGCUAGAGUAUAAUGUAGACGCAGCGAAUGGCAUUGUCAUGGAAGGGUAUCUCUUCAAGCGGGCCAGCAAUGCCUUCAAAACGUGGAACAGGAAAAAGCCCGAUCAUAUCAGACGCUGGUUCUCCAUACAGAACAACCAGUUGGUUUACCAGAAAAAGUUCAAGGACAGCCCCACCGUGGUGGUGGAGGACCUCAGGCUGUGCACCGUGAAGCACUGUGAAGACAUAGAGCGGCGCUUCUGCUUCGAGGUGGUCUCUCCAACCAAAAGUUGUAUGCUCCAGGCAGAUUCCGAAAAGCUUCGCCAGGCCUGGAUUAAGGCAGUUCAGACCAGCAUCGCCACUGCUUACAGAGAGAAGGGCGAUGAGUCCGAGAAGCUGGAUAAAAAGUCAUCUCCAUCAACAGGAAGCCUAGAUUCUGGAAAUGAGUCAAAAGAGAAAUUACUGAAAGGGGAAAGCGCACUGCAGCGUGUCCAGUGUAUCCCUGGCAACAGCAGCUGUUGUGACUGUGGUCUGGCAGACCCACGGUGGGCCAGCAUCAACUUGGGCAUUACCUUGUGUAUUGAGUGCUCUGGGAUUCAUCGGAGUCUUGGGGUUCAUUUUUCAAAAGUACGAUCUUUAACUUUAGACACUUGGGAGCCUGAGCUUUUAAAGCUUAUGUGUGAAUUGGGAAAUGAUGUUAUAAAUCGUGUUUAUGAAGCUAAACUGGAAAAAAUGGGAAUAAAGAAACCACAGCCAGGACAAAGACAGGAGAAAGAGGCAUAUAUCAGAGCAAAAUAUGUGGAGAGGAAAUUUGUGGAUAAAUACUCCAUGGCAUCAUCACCUUCUGAGCAGGAGAAAAGGGUUAUCUCCAAAAGCUGCGAGGAGCAGAGGCUGAGCCAAGUCAGAGCAUCCGUCCACACCGCAGUGGCUGCUGUAAAUAGCGACGAGGCCAGGCGGGAGUCUCUGUUCUGUCCUGAUGAGCUAGACUCACUCUUCUCCUACUUUGAUACUUCUUCAAAACUGCGUAGUAUUAAAAGUAAUGACAGUGGAAUCCAGCAAGGCUCUGAUGAUGGACGGGAGUCUUUACCUUCCACUGUGUCAGCCAACAGCUUGUACGAGCCUGAAGGAGAAAGGCAAGAGUCUUCUGUGUUUCUUGACUCUAAACAUCUUAAUCCAGGACUUCAACUUUAUAGGGCUUCAUACGAAAAAAACCUUCCCAAAAUGGCUGAGGCUCUGGCUCAUGGUGCAGAUGUGAACUGGGCUAAUUCAGAUGAGGAUCAAGCAACAGCACUCAUCCAGGCUGUUCUAGGGGGCUCUUUGGUGACAUGUGAGUUCCUCUUACAGAAUGGUGCUAAUGUGAACCAAAGAGACGUCCAAGGGCGGGGUCCACUGCACCAUGCCACUGUCUUAGGACACACAGGGCAGGUAUGUUUAUUCCUGAAGCGAGGUGCCAAUCAACACGCUACUGAUGAGGAAGGGAAGGACCCUUUGAGUAUCGCUGUGGAAGCAGCCAAUGCCGACAUAGUGACCUUGUUACGUUUAGCAAGAAUGAAUGAAGAAAUGCGGGAAUCAGAAGGACUUUAUGGACAGCCAGGUGAUGAAACUUACCAGGACAUCUUUCGUGAUUUUUCUCAAAUGGCAUCAAAUAAUCCAGAGAAACUCAAUCGUUUCCAGCAAGAUUCACAGAAGUUCUGAGCCUUUUAAGAGGGGAAACUAUGAAAUUCGGUGAAUUCCUAAUGUGUACAACCAAAAUCUCACCCUCUCCCACUUUUUUUUUACUGCUUUAAUUCUGCUUGAUUUUGGUGGACAUUGAAUUGUUUGGAAAACAUGGUACCCAUUCAUUGGUAUUUUUGUAAAUGAAAACAGAUCUCUCAUAAUUGGGAAAGGGAGAAAUCCACUAUAGUUCCUCUUUUAUUUAAGAAGAAAAAAGCCUAUUAAUGGGUUGUGCUUUUACAUAAAGUUGUAUCCAGAUCUAGACCAUCAUCUCUUAACUUCUGAGAUGCUACACUGUUAGGCCCCUGCACCCUUUGCCAUGGAUGGUUCACAGUUCCCCCAGGAACAUUCAGUCACUAUGCCUGCAUCAAGUGGGAGCCAGUUCUCUUACCUGUAUGAAGGAUGUUUCUUUUCUAUAGCUUCCCUGAUCGUUGUAUGUGUGUUUUCUGGUAGCUUAGCUGUGGUACCCACGGUAUGUGAUGUAAUUGCGGACUAGUGAGGCUGCUCCUCAUUUGCUCAGACACGCCAUUGCACUUCCGGACUUGACAAACAUGACUGCUGCACAGUGGACCACACGUUAGUCUUUAGACUCACUUCAUCUUACGGUGCAGAGGAGCGCUUACUUUCUCUUCUGUCAAUCACCACAAGACUCCCAGCUUGGUUUUUAUUGUUGGGUUGGUUUCCUAAAACCUUGACAGAUCAUCAGUGCAAUAAAACGAUUUCAGAAGUUGACUAUUGCAAAAUUGGGCUUUCAUCAAAACAGGGUGAUUUCAAAGAUAAUGUAGGGCAUUUUUAUAUUUGGAAUUUAUCCAUUUUAAGAUAUAUAUAUAUAUAUAUAUAUAUAUAUAUAUAUAUAUAUAUAUAUAUAUAUAUUUACUGUUAUUCCUGGUGGAAGAUGUAAAGGAAGAAAAAGCUAAUUUUUUUUCUGUUUAUACUAAAAUUUACCAGCAAUAAAUUCCUUUUACUUUUUUCUACAUUUAUCUUAUUUACUAUACAACAGUAUACAUUCUUUUAAAUUGUAUCCUGUAUAUAGCUUUAGAAUUAAGUAAAAUGUGUCAUUGACCUUUGAGUUCCAAAAUUAUGAAUAUGUGAUACAGUUUGGUCAGAUUCCAUCUCUGAUUGACAUGUCUUGUCAGAGUAUGGAAUGAAUAAGUAAUUACCUUGUGGGUCAUUUCCAGCACUGUUGAUGACGUUCAAUCUUUUAGAAAUUAUUUGUAAGUAGCAUUGAUACUCAGCUUCACAGAACAUUUUUAAAUGUAUAUAAAAUUAUAGUUAAUUAAAUAAAAAUUUUUAACAUUUUCCCCACAGUAUGUGGAGCCUUACUUUGAUUGAAUAUAAAAUCAGAAUCUAAGCAGAAAUCAUAUGGAAAUAAAUUCACAACACAGAUAUGGUCCUAUCGUUCAGUCAGAUUGCAAGCAUCCAAAGCUUAUUAAGUCACCACACAUAGGGAUAAAGAGCUGUUGUGAUUUGUUUCUGAGGAAGUGCACACUUCCCCAGGAUGAAAGGAAUUUUGUUUCUCCUAUCUCACCUCAAGCUUGCAGACCAUCUGGCCUUGUAGGUAUUUUGUUAAAGACAGAAGUCUAACUUCAACUGGUGUGUAUUUUAAAAUUUAUUGUCCUAAAACAUGUUCAAGGAGGACCAGGCUACAGAAGGGCAGAAAGCCCACCUUUCUUCCGCAGUGCUCAUUCUCGGUGACUGCUGGAGCCCCUGCCUUGUCUGGAGGUGCUGAUGGGCUUCCCUGUGGUUCAGCUGCCAGGAGACUGUCCCUCGGGCCUGUCUGCCUCCCUGCCUCGAGUCAGAAGUCCUUGGUGUGGCUGUCAGUAGUGUCUGCUGCCCUUUAAUGGCUAGUGUUUUUGAAAUAAGCCUUAAAGAUUCAAGUGUAUUUGAAAUGCCUUAAAAAUUAUUGUGGUUCUGAGUAUCGUUAGAAAAAGCUACACCUUUUCGUAUUGCAUGGAGGCUGGCAAUGCAAGAAUAUAUUUCUACGGCUUACUUAAUUUUCUCAAUGUGCUGAGAAAUUGAAUAGCAGAAAGGAAUGGAAUAUAGCAAGGCUUUAAAUUCAUAGUUACACAGUAGCUUGGCUUUUAGAUGAGUGUUGCUGUAUUCUCUAAUAGCUCCGUGUGGCCUGUUGUGAAGUCUUCUGGGCAUUAGGAGAGAGGAGUAAACACAAUGCCAGUCGCACACUCAGGCUGCUCUUUCUGAUUGCUCUGUUCUCUCUCCAGGACAGACGUGCUGAAAAUAGUGUGAUGCUUUAUUAUUAGUCUGUUCACUCUUUUUCAUGCUCUCAGUAAUGUAAAAAUUGUAUUACUGCCAAGAUAAGAAUAGGGGCGCUAUGAAGAUUCAUAAAAUGAAGGUUUAACAUGGGCGUAGAUAGAGGUGAUUGAGUAGCCAUUCACCAGGCCUCAUUGCAAGACUUACAUGUUGAAGAUUUCAAAUUUAUUUUUAUUCAUUUUUAAAAGUUUCUAGCAUUACAUUGUGCCUGAUUAAUUGAUGCUGGUGUUUGCUGUAGUGGAGUGAACUUUGGUGUUUACUGCCCCCAAAGUAAUCCAGCUUGCAAUUUGUACUUUAGAACGUCAUAGGUGCAUUUUGGGAAAAAAAAUUAUACAUUCACAUUUUAGAGAAUUUAAGUUUGUGAUCAUGUUAGCAGUAUUUAAAAGUAAAAUUUUCUGCGUAUUAGAUAUGAUCAUAAACCAAGUUGUUUUAUUUAAAACUAAACUCGCUACCCACUUGGAAUAAUUGAACAUUCCUAGACCACUCAUUCUCAAAUUUUUUUGUGUGGUUGCAUUUUGACCAUGGCUAGAAUUUUUUUUAAUGAAAUCUUAUGUCCAUAAUAACUUCAGUUUAUAUCCUUCUUGGAUCCAGGGCUCCUCACAAGUGACAGGAUGAAACAAAGGGAAACUCUAAAAGCUCCCCUCAUGUGUGUUUCAUGACUUAGAGUGUUCUUCACACUACCUUUCCUCACCUGCUGCUCACAGGACUCCUAGAUCCUAACCACGAGCAUCAGCCUCGUCCGUCCGUGUCUCCAUCCGAGCCCACUCCUCUCGUUUUACAGAGAGCGUCACUUCUUUUGCUAGUUGGAGGCCGAGCUGACCCGUGACCCAGGUCUGCCAUAGCUUCGAAGCACUUGUAUCAUGGAAGGAUUUGAAAUCGCUGUAAAGCAGCAGCUUUCCCUGUGUUUGAUAAGAGACUCCAAAUACUCUGGAGAACCUCAUGAUGAAGUUUGAGGGACUAGAUUGGAAUUUGAAAGCAUCAAAUUGUAGAAGUCUCCAGAUUUUACAAUAGCAAACAUUAAUAAAAGCAAAAUAUUAUAAAGUUAAACUCAUCAUUUAUUAACUUUUUGAUGUUUUCAAAUGAAACAUAACCAUGGAAGGGACUUGGAUUCAGUUUGGCUGAGUCCUAACACCUAGAAGGAUGAUUUUUGUGGGUGUCUUUUCCUGUUUACAUAGAGGGGGAUCAUGUGGACAAAGAGAGAUUGAAUUAAAUACAUUUUUUCUUUGCAUUGCUCUUCUCACUAUCUUAUUUUCUAGAUUUUCUCAUUCUCCAGUUUCAUUUUGGGUUAUUAAUUUUUGACAGGGAAAGCUUGCUGCGCUAUCAAGGUUGUUAGCACCAUUUAAUACGAAGGCUAAAGGUUAACUUUUGGAAAUGACCAGCUCCUUUUUAAAUAUCUGUUUACGUGCGCUUUGUGAUAUUUCUGGAUCAUUCCGGUCAUAAAGACUGAUCACGUGUACUAUUUCUUGCUACCUGUGAAAAGGAUUUUAAGAAUGUAUAACCAACACUCAUUAGUUUUUAUUAGUGUGUAGAAGAUUUGUAUCUAAUUCAUGAAUGUAGUUUUACUGUAGUUUGUCUUUGUAAAUGGAGCAAAGUACAUUAUCUUUAUAGUUCUUCUAAAAUGUACAUUAUGUAAGAAUUGUAAAUAUACUUGAUUACUUUGUAUGCUGAAAAUUUACAAUAAUAAGUCAAUAAAAUAUCUCACUUCUGGCACAGUUA